AGAGUCGCCUGCAGUCCACGAUGAGUUUCUACAGCGACCAGACGCACCUCCACCAUCACUCUCUGCGACCCUCGUUCUUGGUCGACGACAUCCUCAAGAAAGAGCAAUCCUUCCCGACGGCUCUGCCCUUCCGUCCACUGCCCGCCUACCCGCCGCCGUGGCUCUGGAACCAACAAACUCCGUUCACCACCUAUGUGCCUCCCUACAGAGGAUUUUUGCAACCCCAAUGGUUUCACCUUCGACCCAAUAAAAGGAAAGGCGGCCAGGUUCGUUUUUCAUCCCAACAAAGUGCCCUGCUGGAAAGGAAAUUCAAAGAGCAGCAAUAUUUGAGUCCAGAACAAAGGCGUCAAUUGGCCGAGACACUCUCGUUGACUGAAAGACAGAUCAAAACGUGGUUCCAAAACAGAAGGGCAAAAUGGAGAAGAUCGAGAGAUGGAGCACAUGAAUAUGAUGGUUCAUCAGACGCAGAAUCAAAUGGCAACACUAAUGAGGAAGCUUUACCUGAGGAGGAUAAUAAGACUGUUGAUAAAUUGGAAACUGCAUCUCAUGAAUAAAGUUGAACAAAAUUGACGUGAAGCGUUUGAAUUAUAUUUUAAAUACAAAGUAAAAACGAUUUAAAUGUACUAGACAGCAUUAU